UGCGCGCUUGUGGAUGGAUUUCCAGUCGCGUCCAUCCUCGGACGAAAAUCUGGAAUAUAUGAGAUGCGGUCAUGAGUUCUUAUCGAGGGUUCAGGGACCCGACGUCGCUGUUCGUCGAGGGCUAUCGUGCUACCGGAGUAAUGCGUCUGCAUCAGGACCACGGAGCUACAGCUGACUUCCCAGACAGAGAGGAGGGACAUGUCAACACCGAGGCGGAUUUUCUUCGGUAUCACUUCACGAAUCUCAGUGCCACGGCCACAGGCGCGUGUUCAAAGCCCUGUGAGGACCCUGGCCGUGCUAACUCGACCAGACCCCCCUUCCCCCAUAAUCAAGAUCUCUAUAGAGCAGUGCACCCCAUCCGACCCCAAGUCCCCUCCUUCCAAAGCUGUCGUGUGCAGGGUCUCUCCAGAACGGGCUUCUCGCCCUCCUCAGACACUUUAAGAACUUUCUCCGGCGCGCAUUGCGAGCUCGGCCCUGUCAACAACGCGCACCUCGACGCGCGCACAUGCGACGGCCCAGCGCUUCACCCUGCGGUCGGGGAAACACACACCAGACACGAGGCUCUCAACACGUUCAACGAGACACUGCAAAGCGGAAAGACAUUCGAUUGGAUGAGAGUGAGGAGAAAUCAGCCCCGUACAGCUAAGUUGCAUCUGGACCCGGAGCUGAAGACGGAGCGCGGCCGAGAUCCCGAGGAGGACGCUUCGACCGGAGCAACGCGAACAAAUUUUACAACCAAGCAACUCACAGAACUGGAAAAGGAGUUUCAUUUCAACAGAUAUCUGACUCGAGCCAGACGGACGGAGAUCGCCAGCGGUCUCCAGCUGAGCGACACGCAGGUGAAGAUCUGGUUUCAGAACAGGCGCAUGAAACAGAAGAAAAUGCUGCGGGAAGGCCUGCUCCAGGACUGAUGCUGGCUUCUGGCUUUGAUGAGGACUCCCCAAAAAAACUGACACUUGUUCAUCUCCUGACGAAACAUCAUUUCUAAUUGGGUAAGGCUGUGGGGACGGCUGCCAAAGGCUGCACUACAAACCUGAACGCUCACGUGAACGCGUCAAAAACAUUUAUUUGUCGAUUCAACCUUUUAAAUAAAUAAAGCAGUAACUCGCUGUGGUUAAAUAUCGAGUUUACUCACCUGUUGAAGCGAGCGGAGGAAACUUGAUUUAACCGAAACGCACUUCAUGGGUGUUUCUUGCUUUAAAAUGU